GAGGCGCCCGUAUUGAAGAGAUUAUGGCAUCUGAAACCCACAAUGUUAAAGAACGGAACUUUUAUAAUAAUAUUGAGGAUCAUUCCAUUGAUCUUCCUAGAAAAAAGAUCUCUAAUUUUACUAAUAAGAACAUGAAGGAGGUUAAGAAAUCUCCAAAACAGUUGGCUGCUUACAGAAAUAGUGGACUGAGUCUGCAACUGAGAACAGUUGGACAAGCUGUGAAAAACCCAGAUGAACUACGGAAGGUGAUCUUCCACAGAAAGAGUCAUUAUCCUUUUCCAAAUUCUUGUUCUAAAAAGAAACAGUCCCCUAGAAGUGGGGGCUGUGACAUGGCAAAUAAAGAAAAUGAACUGGCUUGCGCAGGCCACCUGCCUGAAAAAUUACACCAUGAUAGUCGAACAUACUUGCUUAACUCCAGCGAUUCUGGUUCUUCACAGACAGAAAGUGCAUCAUCAAAAUACAGUGGGUUUUUUUCUGAGGUUUCUCAGGACCAUGAAACAAUGGCACAAGUUUUGUUCAGCAGGAAUUUGAGAUUGAAUGUAGCUUUAACUUUCUGGAAAAAAAGAAGUAUAAGUGAACUUGUAGCUUAUUUGGUGAGGAUAGAAGACCUUGGAGUGGUGGUGGAGUGCCUUCCUGUGCUUACCGAUAGUUUACAGGAAGAAAAGCAAUAUAUCUCACUCGGCUGCUGUGUAGACUUGUUGCCUCUUGUAAAGUCACUACUUAAAAGCAAAUUUGAAGAAUAUAUAAUAGUUGGUUUAAACUGGCUUCAAGCAGUCAUAAAAAGGCGGUGGUCAGAACUAUCAUCCAAAACAGAAAUUAUAAAUGAUGGAAAUAUUCAGAUUUUAAAACAGCAAUUAAGUGGAUUGUGGGAACAAGAAAACCAUCUUACGUUGGUUCCAGGAUAUACUGGUAAUAUAGCUAAGGAUGUAGAUGCUUAUUUAUUACAGUUGCAUUGAAAGACUUCAUCUACUAAAGAGCAUUUGGUUGUUCAAAGCAUCCCUGGGCUCUGUGGUUUCCGAAUAAGUCUCAUUGGAGAACUGUGAACUGUGGAAGAAAUCAGAACCUUUUUUGUUUUUUUAAAGCCACAUAAUAAAACCACUAACAAAACGCUAACGGUCUACUUCACAUUGAAGUGGAAAAUUAUCCGAAAGGAGCAGCUUCAACUUGAGUGAGGUGAAAGCGCACCGUGAAGAAGAUUGUUCACCUUUGCUGCACUUGGGAUUUAUAUGGUUAUUUGGCAACAUUGUUUAAGAACUACUGGAUCUUAGUGCAGUCCUGCAUAAGAA